CAGCGACCCCAGAUAUUGUUCCUUCCCGAAUGAUGCUGGUGGAGCAAUGUCCACCUGUGAAUCAUCAGGAGAUUGAGAACACUCUGCAUGACCACAACUAUGAGGGAACUACUCAAAUGGUCUCUAUAGUUGUCAAACAGGAGGAUUCCUAUGAUUCUCAGUCGCAUUCCGUCGUUAAGCAAGAGGAAGUGGAGCAAAUGGUGAUCUGCGGGCAAGUUUCAGGUGAUCAACCAGAUUCACCCCAGGCCUCUGCUUGUGCAACUGAAAUUGGAGGGCGUCUCGUUAACCAGGAAAGUUCAACUGGAGAAAUACCCACGCCCCAAGAAGAGACCCCAGUAGCCCAAGAACAACCCUGUUUGGGAAGUAAUAGUGGUCUAGAAGGAGCUCAGAAUCAAUUGCCUGAAUUGGUGCCUUCAAUAGUCUUCUCACUUGCUUCCAUAAACAACAACAUAGAAGAAGAUUCUGAAGUAAGUCAAAACAUAUCAGCAACGCAGGGAGAACUCAUAAAAACUGGAAAGCCCCAAUCGGUGGUUGCUCAUAAUGAAUCAGAGGUUGAACCUCUUGAAAAAGAGCAACCAUUAGUGGUCAACCUACAAUGUCCAAAGGAGGGCAAAACAACAGUAAAUGAACAGGCUGAUGUUACUCCUAAAACUACAGGGAAACGAAUACGUGCACCACGUAAACAACUCAAUAAAGGAAAAGCAUUUGAAGAAUCAAAAAGUGGCGACGCUGAGGGUAGUUCCCAGCCUGAGUUGCCAGGCCCACGUAGAAGAGGACGUCCGCCAAAGCAAGCCAAAAAUCAGCAACAGCCUAUGAAGGAAAAUGGUUCUCCGACUUUUUCAGUACCAUCUGUAGGUAAAAGAUGUUCCUCUAGAAAGGGUAAAACCUCUAAACCUCAACAACUCUCCAUGGAAAAUGAAAAAAUCUCAAUUCAAACUCCAUUCACUGAAUCUUUAUCUUCAAUUGAAACAUUAAACCCUCCUGAAGAUCAGCCCAGAGAACGUCGUAGCUCUGUAACUCUUCAGGAUGCAAUGCUAUUAGUUGAAGCUAUGAAUCAGUCAACAGUGGAUAUGGCAGCACCAGCUAAGACCCAGAGUGCUUCUCAUGUGGGCAUCCUACAAACUGUGGACGAGGUCGCAGCAGAGCAACAGAGACCACCGCUUCCUAUUGAAACAUGUAAAGCUGCAUGCAAGCUGGCUGUUACAGAGCUCUCCACAAAGGACCAAUCAACAAUAGAGAAACACAAUGACUCUCCUGUGAAUACUGAUAUAACUCCGACCAAUGAGCUUCAGUCCAACAUCAACUUUGUCCUACCAAAACAACAGCAUAAAGUAAUUCCAUCUACACCUACUAUAUCUUCAAUUCCCUUAACACAUGUUGCGGUUCAAAGCAUUAUGCGGGCACUUCAACAGGAAUCUUCUGCUUCUCCGGUAACAUCAGUAGCAACCAGCAAAACGAUCAAGUCAGUCUCUCGUAAAAUAAUUGCCAUGCCAAGAUCAUUAUCCUUCUUAAAACCUCCUAAAAUAGGAGCACCAUCUCCCUCCCAGCCUCCUACGCUGCGUCCGUGAAAUUGGUUUCUGCUGACCUUUCACAGUCAACCACAACCGCAAAAGACUCAUUGUCAGGGCCAACACAACAACCUCAAUUCACAAUAAUAAUUCCAAGAGAAGUGUCAGCUGUGGCGUCAAGGCUGCUUCAUUCACAGACCAUCAUUCCGAAAACCAAGCAAGAUACAGCCAAAUCAGAUGCUCUUGUUACACUGUCAUCGCCCGAUUUGAUUUCACCUUCACAGGAGUUAAGGAUUACUGUGAAUCCACAAAUUGCUUCAGAUGAAGACACCAAAGUGUUGUUUCAAAACAAGAGUGAAACAUCGGAACCUAUUUUAGAAUAUCCCCAACAAAUAGACUCCGUUUCUGAGCUAAUAAAAGCACCUACAGAAAACAUUCCCAGUUUAAACGCAUCAGAGGGGCCAGUGCCUACCUCUGUGCCUCCAGUGAUAACGCAAACUGUUGCACAGAAACUCUCUGCCGUGGUCAGAUUAACCAGGCUCUCAUUUCCAAUAUCAGCCAAAGACGCAGUGAAAGUCUCUAGACUGCCUACAGAUGGAUCUUCUGAAAACUUGAAAGAAGGUAUCACAAAAGAGAAACCAUCAUCUGUGGUUAUGUCAACGCAGCCAUCAAAGACGCUUGUGUCAUCCACUGAGUUAUGUCCCGGAUUAAAAGAAACUCCUGUUGUUCUGCCUGUGAAUAUCUCUCAGAUGGCAGAAAAGCCCAAAGGUAUUCAAGAGAAGGCAUCAUUAUCCUCUGAAGGCAGAACACCUUCCGAGGUGUCAAGACCAGACUUUGAGAACUCAACAAUGGCCCCCAAUACAACACCUACAGAAAAUAAAUCAUCGGCUGACAUCAUGCAUCUAACUCCAAUCGCCACCGAGGACAUGUCAACUCCUCAUUCAUGGAUGACUAAAGCCCAGUUCCUUGCACAGCUGGCAGUGACACCUGUUACGAAAGACCCAACAAAGGCUUCCUCUGAGGACUCCAUGGAUGCCACAGCUUCCUCUGAAGACACCAUAACUGGUGACAAGAAAAGGUUCCACAACAAAUCUAUUUUGGACAAGCUCCAAAGUCAUCUCAAAACUCGCUUGCAAACUCAAAGGUCUAAAAUUAAUCCAUGCAAAGAAACAGAGACCAGCGCUAUAAGGCCUAUAAAUCCUAGAUUAAAAAAUGACAGCCCAGCCAAUGAAAACACAACAAAAAAAUCAAUUUUCCUGAUACCAAAAGACUCAGGAUUGGUUAAAGAUGUUACAUCUCCAGCCAGGAAAGCUGUUCACCCUGUUCGUUUUAUUCCCAAGAGAUCUGGACAAUCUGGAGCUAGUGUUGGAUCCAAGAGGACUUUUAGUGAUCCACCGGUCAGUUCUAAGAGGUUUAAGGCUACUAGAGAGUCCACUCCUUUGACUCGCCGGUCUACAGGUGUAGAUGUUGGCUCCACAACUAAAAGAUCCACUUCUCUGUAUCCUAGGAUGUCUAGCUUUACUAGCUCUAAAACGGAUAAAUCCACUUCCAUGGGUCCUAGAAAAUCUAUCUCAAUUAAAGAAAGUGCUAGCCCUAAAAACAGAAAAUCAACUUCUGUCAGCCCUAGGAAGUCUAGCUUAAGUAAACAAAGUGCUAGCUCUAAAACAGAUAAAUCCACUUCCCUGAGUCCUAGAAAAUCUAUCUCAAUUAAAGAAAGUCCUACCCCUAAAAAUACAAGAUCCACUUCUGCAAGUCCUAUAAAGGGUAGCUCACCUAAUGAAAGUGUUGGCUCAAAAAAGACUGACAGCAUUUCUGUGCGUCCUGGGAGGAUUAGUUCAACUAGAGAUGGCGCUAGCAAUAAAAGUUCUGAAACCACUUCUGUGGACCCAAAGAGGACUACUUUAAGUAAAACUGGCACUAGCCCUCAAAUUAUCUUCAAGGGGUCGCCUUCUUUCUGCCGGAGAAAAUGUACCUUACCUAAAGAUGCUACUACCAGUGCACAGAUUCAAGGGGAAACCAAUUCCUUCAGUCCUGGGUAUAGAAUAACUUCAGACGAGGCUAGUACUAAAGAGGUUAAGUUGAACCCUGGUUCCCCAAGUAUUAGGUGGCCUAAAUUGGCUAAAGGUUGUGUCAGUCCUAGAAAGACAAGGGAAUCCACUCCUGCAAAAAAAAAAAGAUUAAGUCCAGAUGUUACUGGUCCUAAAAAUAAUUUAAGAGUGGUGAAUGCUAAGAAGUUGGCUAAAGCAGCAAAAGCCAAAACAAUGGCCAAAAUGAGAAGUUCCAGUCAAUCCAAGUUGCAGAAUGGAGCUAAAACAAGCCAGUCAGCAGAGAAUAGUGACACUCCGAAAAAAAUUACAGCUAAAGCCAUCUGGACUCCUCCUAGAGUAUCAGCCAAUAAAACACCUCCUGCUGGGGAGAAGAAAGAGACAAAAUCACCCAAAUCCCAGAAUCAACCGCUAGUUUUCCCUCCAAGCGUUUCUCUCUUCCCUAUACCUGUCAGAGGACCUACUGUUAUGUCACCAUUACAGCCUUUAUCAGUCAUUGGUAGGCGUCUGCUCAAGAACCAGUGUGGGCAGUGCGGCCGUGUCCUCAGCAGCGUUGCAGCCCUAGAAAGCCAUGUUCGUCUCCACACUGGGCACCGACCCUUCUCGUGCACGCUCUGUGGGAAGGGCUUCCCAGACUCGAAAUGUCUCAAACGCCAUGCACGGGUUCACCGCAAUGGUAGGAUCCAUGUCUGCCCACAGUGCGGGAAGGGCUUUGUCUAUAGUUUCGGCCUCACCAAACACCUCAAGAUGGUGCACAGGAGAAUCAAGCCUUUUGUCUGCCAGAUCUGCCAGAAAGGGUUCUUCACAAAACGAGAUGUGGAAGCCCACCUACGGAUGCACACUUUUCAUUGCAACCUCUGUGAAAAGAAAUUCGCAAGGAGGGUAGAACUUAAUAUGCAUUUAAGGUGGCAUAAUGGAGAGAAGAGACACUGGUGUUCAUACUGUGGGAAAGGAUUUCUAGACUCCAAUAACCUGAAAAGGCAUAAGUAUAUUCACACAGGGGAGAAACCACAUGCCUGUCCUCACUGUGAUAAGAGUUUCAAGCAGUCAGGCCACCUGAAAAAGCAUGUCAAAAAUGUUCAUAAAAUCCCAUGAGAGAUGGACAUCCAAUAUGCCACCCUUUUCCUCUGAGGAUGUUAUUGGCUGUAAGAAGGCUUCAAUAUCACUUCAUUUAAGGAGAUAAGCUCUUUUACAUUCUUAACAAGAGUUAAUUUGAGUUUAGUUACAAAUAUUUCAACAAAUAAUUUCCUUUCAAUUUUGCGAAAGAACAAGUGAUAUCAUCCAUACUUGCAAGCUCACAUUAAAACAUUGGGGCUGCAUUCGAAAUAACAUACUUUAUUCAUGAAUCCGCUGUACAAAGGAUUGUGGCUCAGAAUAGCCAGAUAAGCAUUGCUGCAAAAGCAACUGGAUAUAACAUUUUUAAAAACCUUAAUUGUAAGUAUUCUCACAGCAGAUAUGUUCAAAUCACUUGAUGUUGUAAUAUCACUUGAUUUAAAAAAAAAUUAUUUAUUCAUUUAUUUGUCUUAUUUUAAUUGCUAGCAAACAUGAAAUGACGGAACUGUUACAUAAGGACUGGUUUUCCAUUUUCUUUGUGAACAUUUUGUAAAAAAAAAAAAAGGCAAUUGUAAGUAUUGUAUCUGCUAGAUUUUGAUUCUUUAUAUUGUUUUUUUCUUUUAUUGCCUUGAUUUUGACGGCUGCUUUAUACAAGGAGGGUUAACAUUGUACUGCUUGGGCAAUAAUGUAACACAUACGACAACAAUUUCAUUUCAUUUCAAACCUUUUUUUUUUCACACUGGACAAGAAGCCAAUGAAGCCAUCCCUGAAAAAGACAAUGAAUGUACGGCCAUGGUUAUUAUACAGCUCGGUAUGACCACACAUAUUUCUCUUGAGGUGAAACGAUUUAUUUUUUCAAAUGUUCUGUAAACAUCAGAGCACUGGAACACGACUUAAGCAUUUAUCUGUGUCCAUUAGUCUAAACAAAACUUUUUCUUUCAAGUGUUUCAAACAUUGUUUACGAAAAAAUACAGAUUUAAUGUCGUAUUUUUGCGGAAUUCUCCUUUUUUGAUUUUCUUAUAUUGCCAUUGUGUCGCACACUGUUUUAUUUUACAAGGGACAGAUUUCAUGUUAUAUCUUCUGUAAAUGUAUUUUUCUGCCUGCAUUCAAUUUUUUGAAAGUGGAUACUACCCCUUGAAUAACUCCCUGACAACAAUGGCCAGACUUUUUUUGAGAAUUCUAAACCUUUAGUUUGAAUUCAUUUGAUUACUAUGUAUAUUUCCUUGGUCUGUUAUCUUUUCUGUCAUUGAGAAAGCAGAUAAUAAAUAUAGAGGUGUCAUACUAAACCGCUCCUAUGCCCUUUGUCUGAAUAAAUGUGACUUUUUAAAUCAA